UUCUGUUCAAAUCUUUGUUUCCUUGAGCAAUAAAACAUCACUUUCAUCUGUCAGAUCAAAGAUGCAGUGGAGUCUGUAUCUGCUUAUUCUGAUGGGUCAGUGUUGCUUCUUUACAUGCCGCCUGUAUGAGUACCACUUUAUUGCAGAAAACAAGAGCUGGUAUGAAGCACAGAGAUACUGCAGAGAGAAAUAUACAGACCUGGCCAAAGUGUUUGACAUGACAGACAUGAGCAGACUCCGUAACUCCACACAGAAUCAAGGAGAAGCCUGGAUUGGACUGAACAACACAGGUGGAAACAGGACGUGGCAUUGGUCUCUGCCAGGAGUGGAAUACAUUCAUAAUGACAGCAGCUGGAAUCUGGGUGGAAGAACUGGUAAUGAGCCACCUGGGAACUGUGGGAGGAAAAGAUACGAUCAUGGAGAUAAAAAGCUGGUAGAUGUUUCAUGUGAUAAUACUAUGUGGUUCAUCUGCUAUGAUGAGGCUCAGACCUACUGCAGAUCAAUUUACACUGACUUGGCCAGUGGACUCGAUCAGGUAGACGGAGAAGAAUAUCAGGACCUGAAGUCUAAGGAAACUUCUUUUAGCGCAUGGGUCGGUCUGUUCAGAGACAGCUGGAGGUGGUCAGAUGGGAGUGAUUUCUCUUUCAGAUACUGGGAUAUGCAGUUAUUCAAUGAUGAACAAAGCAACAAGACAUGUGCUAUGACUCUGUUAAACAGAUCAGGAAAAUGGAGCUCUGAUGAAUGUGACAAAGAAAAACCCUUCUUCUGUUAUGAUGAUAAAUUGAUCCUGAUCAAAGAAAACAAGACCUGGGAGGAGGCCUUGGAUUACUGCAGAGAGUAUCACAGGGGACUGGUCUCCAUCACUAACCAUUACCAACAGAGAUGGGCGGAGGUGAGAGCCAAGAACGAGGGAGUCCUUUUGUCUGGCUAG